AUGGCGUUCGGCGACCGUGGGGGACGAGGUGGUGCCCGUGGCGGCGGUAGGGGCGACAGAGGCGGCGGCCGUGGUCGAGGUGGUUUCGGCGAUCGCGGUGGCAGAGGUGGUGGGCGAGGUGGCUUCGGUGACCGUGGCGGCAGAGGAGGCGGCCGAGGAGCACCAAGAGGACGAGGCGCACCGAGAGGACGUGGAGCACCAAGAGGUGGAAGAGGAGGUGGCGCAGGUGCGAAGGGAGGAGCAAAGACUGUGAUCGAGCCACAUCGCCACCCAGGCGUCUUCGUCGCCCACGGCGGCAAGGAAGAUCUCCUAGUUACCAAGAAUCUCACACCCGGCGAAUCCGUCUACAGCGAGAAGCGCGUCAGCGUCGACUCACCCUCGACCGGCCCCAACACCACGAACGGCGACGUCGUGCCCGCCACCAAGACCGAAUACCGCGUAUGGAACCCUUUCCGAUCUAAGCUCGCAGCCGGCAUCCUUGGCGGUCUGGACGAUAUAUUCAUCAAGCCUGGCGCAUCAGUUCUCUACCUCGGUGCCGCGUCGGGCACGUCCGUCUCACACGUCGCCGACAUCGUUGACGGUGGCGUGCUGGUCUCGAUCAAGGCCAACUGCAUCGACAGCACAGCGAAGCCGGAGGUGGUGUUUGCGAACGAAGUCAAGAAGAUGCGGGAGGAGAGAAUUAAGCCCAAGGAGCAGCUCACUCUUGAACCGUUCGAGAGAGAUCACUGUAUCGUUGCCGGUGUAUAUAAGCGAUCUGCGCAAUAG